AUGGCUGAAGCACAGGCAUCCGAGUCAGAGACACUCCAAGACCCCGAACGCCUGUGGAUCUGGGAAAAGCACGUGUACUUGGAUGAGCAUAAACGAAGCUGGCUGCCCAUAAUCCUCAAGACUGAUGAAAAAUUGCAGGUGAUCAUGCGCCAGCAAGACGUCUCCUUGGGGUCUCCCAUGACCCCGGAACAGCUGAAGGCAUAUGAACUGCCUUUACUGUGGCAACUAUACCCAGGGAAAAGGUACCGAGGCAGCGACUCCACGUUCUGGCAGAUACUCUAUCACGUCAAGGUCCUGCAGUUCCUAUCUCCCUUGCCUACCCCAGGCCUGGGAGAGAUGUUUGUACUUCUAUCCACUUUGCUAGUCACUUUCUUUCUCUUCCACACUGGGCCCCAGGAAGAAAAGCUAGCCAGAAGACACCCCUCCCUAUCUCCGGUAGCCUGCUCAGCUGCCUCAGUUGGCCCUCAGCCUCCCCGGCCAGCGCGUCAGAGAAGUGCCUGGUUCUUACCAACUCCUCCAGGUGCCCAGUGGUAG